AUGAAUGAAGCUUCUCCUGAUGCGCCAGUACAGGCUCAAAGUACUUCUGCCAGUCUUCCAACUGUGGAAAGCCUUUCAAAAGAGGUCAGUUUAGAUGUCAAAGCACCCAAUUCUGAAGAAACAAACGCCGAACCAGAAGCAUCUGAAAAACCCGAGGAUGGUGCUUCUAACGAAGUCGAGGAACCAAUAAAAGAGGACGAAACCACCUUCAACUUGGAAGAUGUGAGAGUUCCAGAGACGGAUGUUACUGUCGGUGAUGACAAAGGCCUUCAAGAGAAAACUAAUCAUGUUAGCCAACCGGAUGAUAGAAACGAAGGGGAUGGCGAUAACGACUCAAUAAUUGAUAUAGUGUCUGAAAGUGAGGUAAAUGAAGCUGCGAAACAACUGUUGAGCGCAAAAGCUCCCCAGAUAAGGGUCAAUUACAAGGAUGGAGAUUUCCUACUGCUAGGGGAGUACGAUGGAGACAACGCUGGAGAAUGGGACAGUAGUAAAAUAAUAUGCAAGGAUUCAGCUGAUUUACAUCGUGGCUGUCACAUCGUAUUUGGUCGACUGCGAUUAUUUUUACAGAAUACCAAUCGUCCACUAGAUUUGUUGUCACGGGAGUUGCAAAUGGAGUUCCCUGACUUGGAUUUAACCCUCGAAGAAGACAACAUGUACAACAAGGACAUCACUAUCAAUGACAUCGUGUCGAUGUUUAAGAUUCUCAAGGACAAUUCUAUCAAAAAGUGUGAGCCAAAUGUACCCACGAUUAUCACCGUAAAUGUGAGCACAAAGUCGCGAUUUGUGUCGCGCUACAAUUCCCUGGUGGAAAUGUUGACCGGUGAAGCUACUUUUUCCAACAUUCGGGUCUUCAGCAACGAUGAAAGUCACCCAGUUCUGCUGGACGACGGCGAGCAGCCUGAAAGCAAAGAAACGGAGGUGAUUGUGAUGUCCUCUGACGACGAAAAGGACGGGGAGAAUGGGGUCCAAGAGCAACCUGCCGAGAUAGGUCCUCCACCUGUGGGGCAACCUGUGGUCGAGGACCUCAGUCCGAACUCUCUCGAUGCUGAUUCACCAGGUGCUCUCAAACGGAAAAGAGAUGUGGAAGAAAGACACUGA